AUUGCUGGUAUUAUUUUUCAAGAGUCACAUGCUGGGGCAGUGCUGAAGGACAGCUGGGGUGACCCUGGAAAUACAUUUGGUUUAGUGCAGUGGGAUAAUGCAGAAGCUAACAAUAUCCAGAACUACAACAAAUUGGAUACUGGCACAACACACAGCUAUGUCAAUAAUGUGGAUGCAAGAGCCAAUUUUUAUAAGAGAAUUGGAUAUUGA